AUGGGAGACCAACUCGAGCUCAAUUCACAAUCUGUGAUAGAAACAAGCUCUCCUCAGAUGACAACAAUUGGUGCUUCACCAACUGGUUCUGUAGUUCUUGACUCCUCUCAUCCCUUUUACCCUCACCCUUCAGAUUCACCUGGCAUGCUUCUUGUUAACACUGCUUUUGAUGGAAAAGGAUAUGGGGGUUGGAGAAGGGGAAUGCUCAUAGCCUUGUCUGCGAAAAACAAGGUAGGGUUCAUUGAUGGAACCUUCCUUCAACCCAAAAUCUCUUCUGAUGUUUUCAAAUCUUGGACCCGUUGUAAUGACAUGGUCAUUUCUUGGCUAUUGAACUCUCUUUCUAAAGCAAUAGCUGAGAGUGUUCUAUACUCCAAGACAGCCAAGGACAUUUGGGAUGAGCUUGAAGAAAGUUGUGGUGCUAAAAUCAAAAACUUCAAAUCUCAGCAAGAUAGCAGACUCAUUCAGUUCCUUAUGGGACUGAAUGGUGCUUAUGCAGUAGCCAGAAGCAAUCUACUUAUGCCAUCACCAUUGCCUUCAGUCAAUCAUGCCUACUCUUUGCUUAUCAGAGAUGAGAAGCAAAGAGAAGUACAUAUUUCUCACCAUCCAGCUGAAAGUGUCUUUGUUGCUGCUCAACAGUCCUAUGGAGGACAGAAGGUAACCUCUGCUAAGAAAUUCAACACAGAAACAAAGAAAGGAACUCAGUUCUGCAACUAUUGCAAGAAGCAGAAUCACACUAUUGAAAACUGUUAUAGAUUGAUUGGUUUUCCUUCAGAUUUUAAGUUUACUAAAUUCAAAAGAUUCAGUGGAGCUAAGAGCAAUGCAAUACUUUCUAUGGAAACAUCAGACUUGCAAUGCAGGAGAUCAACCCAUGACACAAGAUCAAUUCCACAGCCUUUACUAGUUGCUUCAACAUGUGAAAAUUCAGGUGCUUCUGAGCAUAUAACCUCUAAUUUGCAGCUUCUGUUUAAUGUCAAACUCCUUCCUAAACCAGUCUAUGUAAGACUGCUUAAUUCUGCUAAGGUGUUAGUUUAUCAGGCAGGAUCAGUAACCAUUCUACCUGGAUUUGCUCUUCAUCAUGUUUUGUUUGUGCCAAGUUUCAACUACAACUUAUUAUCAGUGCAUAAAUUAUGUUUGCAAUUCCAUUCACUUCUAAUUUUCUCCUCUUUUGAUGCAACAUUGCAGGCCCCUUCACUGAAGAGAUUUGCAUCUAAGGUCCUAAAAAUGAAGACUCCUUAUGAACUCUUGUUUGGUCAACCACCUAGCUAUGAUACAUUAAGAGUUUUUGGUUGCCUAUACUAUGCUUCAACACUACCUACACAUAGAUCCAAGCUAGAUCCCCGAUCAGCUAAAUGUGUAUUUUUGGGAUACCCUUCUGGCAAGAAGGGAUAUAAGCUACUUGAUCUACAAACUCACAAGGUAUUUAUUUCUAGAGAUGUUACUUUCCAUGAACAUAUUUUCCCCUUUGCCUCUGUCAUGCCCCAUUUACCUAUAUUUCCAGUUAGAAUGCCUUCCCAUGCCAUUGACACUCCUACUGAAGCAGCACCUGAACCUCCCUCUUCUAUGCCUUCUCCAUCUUUACAAUCUAGACCUAUUUCUUCUAGAACUGUUUCUUCACCACAAUCCCUUCUUCAAACUGCUCUUUAUCCUUUACACUUUGCACCUCCCACUUCUACUUCUCCUCCUUCACUCUCUAAAUCUUACUCUUCCCCAGUUCCUUCUCCUCAGUUUCAUUCACCAAUCUUUCCUACUCCUCUACCUUCUCAACCUGCUCUUAGAAGGUCCACUAGAGAACAUCACUUGCCCUCUUAUUUAGAUUAUUACAUUUGCAAUUCAGUUAUUUUAACCAAUCUGACUACCAACUAUUUUGCUUCCCCUGUUUCCCCUCCUAUCUUAUCUUUUUCUGUCCUAUCUUCUUCUAACCAAAAUAUUUUAAACACCAUUUCCUAUAUUUCUGAACCCACCUCCUUUUCCCAAGCUUGUCUUCAUCCAGGUUGGCAGGAAGUCAUGAACAAAGAAUUUGCAGCAUUAGAGGCAAACAAAACCUGGGAGAUUGCCGAUGUUUUCACAAAACCCCUUUCUGGUCCGAUCCGUAAAUCUGUAUUGGGCAAGUUGGGGAUUGUUUCACAUCCCUCCAACUUGAGGGGGGAUGUUGGAGUCGGAGCUUCACAAUUUCCAGAAAUUAAUGAUGCUUCGAAGAAGAAUUGCAAAGUAAAGGAAGAUGAAAUUAUGAAGAAGAAGACCGACACAAACGAGUGCUUCAUCAUUCGCACAACUGUAGCUGUAAUUGUAACUCUUCCGGUUACUUCAUUUGUUGCUGUUAUUGGGAGGGAAUGA